AUGGGUAUCUCGACGACCAUCCUUCGCCCGAUCGCGCUGCUGGACCGCUUCCUGCAGUGGUCCAGCGCCGUGAUUGUCAUGGGUCUGGACUCGUACUUCAUCCGCCAUCACCAUGGUGGUGUGCACCUGAUCUACAACGAGUGUAUUGCUGUCAUCUCGGUUGUCUUCUUCCUGCCGGCCUUCAUCUCGCCGUUCGUGCCCAACAUUCUCAGCCGAUUCGUGCUACUGAUUGACAUUAUCUUCUCUUACCUCUGGUUGACUGCCUUCAUCUUCACGGCUCAGGACUUCCAGUACGGCGACUGCUUGGCCAAGAACCCUGCCGGCGUGUCUUGCUCCAAGAAGCGCGCUGCCGAGUCCUUCACCUGGCUUGCCUUCUUCUUCACCUUCGUUGGCAUCUUCCUGGAGCUCUUCAACCUGUGGUCGACCCGCCGGAGCUCCAGCCCGGUCGAGAAGAACGGUGGCCGCGCCGGUGAAACCACUGCUUAA